AUGACUCGCCAAGUUUCCAUCAACACUCCUUUUCAGUUGUGGUCAGAUGGUGGUGCCUGGAUAGAUUACAUCAAAAAUGGCAUCAUAGCAUGGAGAGCUUUGACUCUGGUGGAGCUGAGGAACCGGUCAGACACCAACCAGGCCAACAGAUCACCCCAGACCACCAUACUGCCUGUUUUGAGAGUUCCUUCAAACUGUCAGAGAGAUUUCAACCUGUUGGUGUUUGACCCUGAUGGAGAUGAAGUUAAAUGCAGAUACGGAAACACAACACUGUCAGAGUGUUACGACUGCACACCGCCAUCUGUUCUCAACCUCUCAACAUCCUGUACUUUGUCAUUCAGCCCCACCAAUAGCAGUAAUGAAGGUCUGUACGCUGUACAGCUGGUGAUGGAGGACUUUCCCACUCAGAAUAUCACACUGACUCAAACUGAUAGGAUGCAGACGAAUAUAACUUCCAGCAACGCUAUAAGCAAAAUACCUGUCCAGUUUGUUUUAAGUGUGGACGCUGCGGUGCCGUUCUGCACAGAGGAACUCUAUCUGCCCAAGUUUCUACCUCCAACCCCAGACAACAGAGCUCUGCUGUACGCCCCUGUUGAUCAGACCCUGGAAAUCAGUAUCAAUGCAACAGCAAAUAUCUCCAUGAUUUCUGAGCUGCUGUUCAGCGGGCCGUACAAUAUAAACCAGACUACACUGGGAGCUGGACAGUUCAUCCUGAGUUGGAUGCCGUCUGAAAUACAAAUUGGAGAAAGCCACCCCAUCUGUUUUGUUGUCCAGGCACUUUUCAAUUCAAUCACGUAUCAAUCGCAGCUACGAUGUGUGAUUGUGAAUGUUGUACACAACUCAUACCCGAUCCCAAUUUUCUUAGGUGUAAGGAUGAAGGUUUCCGCUCUGUCUUCACUGUCUGAGGACUACAUCAUUGAUAACAUCGUAGAGCUGAUUAGAGAUCAACUGGUGAUGCCAUCAGACAUCCCUCUACGCCUCAAAAGUAUCGUGAAAUCUACAACCACAGCGACCCCUGCUGUUUCAACUUGA